UGUAGAAGCAAAAGACUGAUGAUUUAAACACUGUAGUUUUGCUGAACUGUAGUUUAAACACACUUUCACUUGACGAUUUCAAACUUCUCAGGCGAAGAGGAAACAAGAGACUGAUGAGAAAACUGUAAAGGCAGAAGAAGAAGAAAAUCAAGAUGAGAUCCAAGUCGUUUGCCGUUAGGUCUCGGCCGCAUAGAGCUUCCCGCAACACUCUCGAUCCCUAUCCAUCCCCCGCUCCUCUUCCGGGUGAAGCUAAUGAAAGAGUUGCCUCUGGAGUGAGCACCAAACACUGUGUUAGUGGUGAUGCUGAAAGAGUUCCUUUUGAUGAAAGAGAUGUGCCAUCCAAGAAGCGUCAUUGUCCUGGGACAAGUGAGACCACUAGAGGAGGAGGAGGAGGAGGAUCGAACUUGGAAGCUUGUAUUGUAUGUGACCUUUCAGACGAGGGGGUAUCUCGUUGUUCUGGGGCUGGCUGUAUUCUUUGGUUUCACGGGGAGUGUUUGAAUCCUGAUUUGGGUAGUGGUGAGGAUCUUGCAAAGACCUACUGCCCUUAUUGCUGGUUCAGAGUUCUAAUGAUGAAAGACAAAUCAGUGAGGGAGAAGACCGUUGGGGCGGAAAGCAAAGAUCAUUCAGUGGAUAGAACCGACGUUGUGAGGGAUCAAGAGUUAGGAGGAAAGAAGGAUGUCUGUUCAUCUGAAAAGGAACAGUUGCAAGUGGAGAAAGAUUCUGAUCGAUCAAGAGAAGAGGAGAUGCCCUUAACUGAAGAAAGGGGUUAUCAACACCAAGAGGAUACAGAAAAGUUUCAAGAUGCUGAGGAAGACAAGGAUGAUGAAGAAACAACAAAAGAUCAAACUACAGGUGGUGCAGGGGGAAAGGGAGAUGUUUCAGGGGAAGAGCAAGACCAGAGCCAACAGAAUGAGAAGCCAAGAAGAAGAAGACGGCAGUUAACUUAUAGUGAAAUCUCAUCGGAUGAAUCAACAAACGAACGACAUGGAGAAGGUGUAACUGAGCAGAUAACUUCAUCGGCUCAAGUAGUAACCUCCACGUCAGGGGCGAUGAAGAAUCAACAGAGAAAACAUAGCUUGAUCACCAAAGUGGCCGAGUCAAAGGCAGUGAGGGACAUGUCAUCUUUCAAGACGGAUCAGAGAAAGAGGCUAUUUUGGACACCCGAAGAAGAAGAAAUGCUCAAGGUGGGAGUGGAGAAGUUUUCAGCAGAAGCAAAGAAGAACAUGCCAUGGAGGAAAAUUCUGGAAAUGGGAGAGGAUGUGUUCCACGAAACACGUACUCCUGCUGAUCUCAAGGACAAAUGGAGAAACAGGAUGGGCGUAAGAUCAGCGAAAAAGACAAACUAGACAAAACGCAUUGAUCCUGGCAUUGGUAUCAAUAUAUCUAACUAUCAGUGUCUCAUAUAAGAGAUAAAGUCAGGCUUAGUGAAGAGUUUGCUGUAUGUACAAUAGUAUUGACUUCGACUUAUAGUCCUGUGUUCUUGAAUGCCACUCUUUUCGGAUAGACGAAGAUCAACCUUUUUUUUUGUAUAA